GCGUCACAAAUUAGCUCCUAUCGCUGGUGCGGCGCCGCGCUAUAUCUAGUUUGCAGGCCAUCUAGCUAUAUUUUAGUCACUUUGCCCCACCUUUGAUGGAUGGUGUCCUACGUGGUCUUACAAGAUUGCUGGGCAUGGCUCCUGAGUCGGGACAAGACUCUCUGUGUUGUGAAAGUCUUGAUGUCUUGCGUUGGCGUGCUCUAGAGCUUCUUGCAUCGGAGUCCUCUGCCCUUGAAGAAGCUGUGCGAUGCUGUAGAGCUGCUGGCGGUGAUGCGCGCAGACUUCUCGGCGACUUUCUGAUCCAAUUCUCUGGAAAGCUCUCCGAGAUACAGUUGCAAGCCGUCGACGACGUGUACAUGGCGGAAGGCUUGAAACCUGUUAGCUUGGAAAACUUGGAUGGCUUCGAGCUCUGGCAUCCACGUUGCAAGGUAUUGAUUUGGAAAGGUGACAUCACCAGACUGGCAACAGAUGCAGUGGUGAACGCUGCCAACGAGGAGGGAAGAGGUUGCUUUCAGCCUAUGCAUCGCUGCAUUGACAACGUAUUGCACCGUGCUGCGGGUCCCAGAUUGCGCAUUGAGUGCACAGAGCACAUGCGCGCGCGGAAGAAGCUGCUGGCCGGGACGCCUCCGCUGGUCACGAAGGCUUACCACCUGCCAUCAAAAGCAGUGCUUCAUGUCACUGGACCUCAGAUCUCUCCAGGCUCUCGUCCUUCUAGUCUUGCUCGCGAGCAGUUGAGGAAUGCCUACACAAGCUGCCUGGAUGCAGCCAAAGAAGCAGGCCUGAAAAGCGUGGCCUUUUGCUGCAUUUCCACAGGCCUAUUCGGUUAUCCUGCAGCUGAAGCGGCUGAUAUCGCAUUGACAGCGGUUUGGAGGCCGAAAGAAAAAUGUGCAAAAACAAAUGGAGCAAAAAGUCGUGUAAAAUACUAUAAUAAGUUAUUCCCCACAUUGCCGUGUGGGGUUCUUGUUUUUUUGCUGCACCUCCUCGUUCCUCCUCCGCUCCUCCUCCUCCGCCUUCCUCCUUCCUCCUCCUCUCUCACACAAAUCAUCUCUCACACAACAUCACUCACACAACAUCUCUCACACAACAUCUCUCACACAACAUCUCUCACAACAACAUCUCUCACAACAACAUCUCGCGCGCAACAUCACUCACACAACAUCCCACACGCAACAUCUCGCACACAACAUCACUCACACAACAUCUCUCACAACAACAUCUCACACACAACAUCACUCACACAACAUCCCACACACAACAUCUCGCACACAACAUCACUCACACAACAUCCCCAACAACACAACAUCUCACACGCAACAUCUCCGACCGGUACCAUUUGCGGGCUGUGUGCGGCGCUUGCUGCUUGCCAAGGGGUCGGAUGUACGCCCUGGCGUUGUCUGGCGCCGGCUGGGCACCGGCGCUUUGCCGGUAGCAUUUGCUUGCCGUGA